AUGUCAAAUCUUAGUGACAACCAUUCCUCUUCGUUGGAUUCUUCCAAAUCUUCUAACAGCAGCAACUCAACUGGAAAAUCUGCAGUGUCAAUCAAUGAUGGUCUGCUCAAGGAACGAAUUGAGAAAAUCAAAGCGGAUCCUCACUUGACGCAAUCCGAGAAGUCGUUCAAAAUUGCCCAGAUAAAACGCAGUUCCAAGAGGGUGGAAUCGCAUCUUAGAAUGACCCAUCGCGAAAAGGUUGAACAGUUUAACCAAAAACUGUCAAAGUUGACUGAACAUUUUGACAUACCUAAGGUUGGACCUGGUUAG